UAAUGCAUUCAAUCCUCUUCUUGAGUGCUUGGAGGCUUUAUGUUGAUGUGUUCUUGAGUCCAUCUUUUCUAUUUUUGAAUGAUUGCAAACAUGUCAUUACAUGCAUGUAUUUACAUGAUUUUAUGAAAAUUACUCAUUGACUUUUGUGUUUUUCAUGAGUAGCUAAUCUCAAAUUGAGCCAAAGUAACCUGCUUACAGUUAAGGAUCUUUUGGCUUUGGCAUCAAAUUCAGAAAAAAAAAUUGACAGACAUCUAAACUUUCCCAAGAAAAAUUCUUGACAAAACCUGUUCAUGCAAUGCCCCAUCUCACUGUUAAAUGCUCAUCGUGGUGGAAUUCAAAUGAACAGAAAAUUCCAUCGUCUUCAUCCAAGACCGCAAGCUUGAAAAUGGAUUCUCCACAACAACAAAUUCAUGAAGCAAAACAUUUAGGUCUUCAACUACCAGACCAGGAAUCAUCCACAAUUCAAUUUACUGGUCAGUCUCACCAUGAAGUGGGUGCUGUGGGAGGGACCAAUUCUCAAGGUCAAUGCAUUUCAUCAGAAUCAGAUCAAGAUGAAGGUUGUGGCAAUGCCAAAGGUCAAAUGAAGGCAGGUUUUUUGUUGAAUAAUUCAGAUUUUAUGUUCAAUCCCUCACAAGUUGCUCAUAGCUAUUCAAUGGCUCGUGUUCCAUAUCCUUAUGCUGAGCCAUGCUUUGGUGGGUUGUUGACUGCUUAUGGACCACAAGCAAUUAUGAUGGGGAUGGCACCUGCACGAGUCCCACUGCCACUUGAUUUUACGGAUUAUGGACCCAUUUAUGUCAAUCCAAAACAGUACCAUGGAAUCCUCAGAAGGAGACAGUCACGUGCAAAACUUGAGGCUCAAAACAAACUUGUCAAAGCUCGAAAGCCAUAUCUUCAUGAGUCUCGGCAUCGUCAUGCAUUAAAUAGGACUAGGGGGACUGGUGGACGCUUUCUCAGCACAAAAAAGGGGCAAAAUCCUGAUCCAACCGCCACUAGUAGCAACCAUUAUGUCUCGGACACUGAAAAUAUAUCAGACUUUGAUAGUAGUCAAUUUGGAACCCAUCAACAUGUUGGUUCCAUUACAGCCUGCUCUGACAUCACUAGUGUCUCCAAUAGAAAUGGUAACAAUGCCUAUCAGCAGCCGGGUCACAGGUUCUCAGGCCUGUCUCCCCACUUGGGUGGAGCCAUGCAAUGCAAUGGGAGCCUUGUGUCCGGUGGCACCCAACACUGUGCUUCAGUUGUCCGGUGAGGAUACACUGUACUUCAGUCGUCCGGUGAGGAUAUUGGGAAGUACACGAUUACCAUUUCACUGGUCUGGCAAUUCAUCCUUGGCUUUGUCACUUAAACUUUCUAUAUGCUAUUAUAAUAUGCUUGAUUUCAAAUUGCGUAAGAGACGCCACCAUGUACCAGGUUUAUCUAUCUGCUUCCUGCUUCUUGCGUUGCAUGGAUUGUGAGAAUAAUCACAUGGCUGUAAGGAGAGGCCGUGCUUGUAAUCCUACUAUGCUAAUACGUCACUUUGGUUGUUACUAUGUAACUCUUUGCAUAAAUGGGAGAUCAUCAAACACAAUAUAUAUUUAUAUAUGAUGCUUCCGGCUAUAUUCUCCUAGAAGGCUAGAAAUUUGAUCUUUUUUUUUUGCGUUUUCAUACUAUGUAUGUUUUAGGGUAUCCAUAAUAUAUUAUCCUCUUUAUGUA